AUGUUUAGGCCUCUGAUCCACGGCUGGAAGAGACUCCCAGCCCUUGUGCCUGCACUCUCUGUGAGAAGCACCAGUAAUGGAUCAAACUGCAGACUUGCACUGGCCAACAAAGUCGCUGUGGUUACAGGGUCCACAAAUGGGAUUGGCUUCUCCAUUGCUCGGCGUCUGGCCCAGGAUGGGGCCCACGUGGUCAUCAGCAGCCGGAAGCAGCAGAAUGUGGACCGUGCAGUGGCCACACUGAAGGAGGAGGGGCUGUGUGUGACAGGCACUGUGUGCCAUGUGGGGAAGGCAGAAGACCGGGAGCAACUGGUGGCCACGGCUGUGAAGCUUCAUCAAGGCAUUGAUAUCCUGGUCUCCAAUGCUGCUGUCAAUCCUUUCUUUGGAAACCUAAUGGACACCACGGAGGAGGUGUGGGACAAGGUUCUGAGCAUUAAUGUGAAAGCGACAGCCAUGUUGAUAAAAGCGGUGGUGCCGGAGAUGGAGAAACGAGGAGGCGGCUCGGUGGUGAUUGUGGGGUCCGUGGCAGCCUUUACUCGAUUCCCUGCUCUAGGCCCUUACAAUGUCAGUAAGACAGCUUUGCUGGGUCUUACUAAGAAUUUCGCUGCCGAGCUGGCCUCAAAGAACAUUAGAGUGAACUGCUUGGCACCUGGACUCAUUAAGACUCAUUUCAGCACUGUGCUAUGGAAGGAUGGAUCAAGAGAGGAUGUCAUAAAAGAAUACUUGCAAAUUAGAAGGCUAGGCAAACCAGAGGACUGUGCGGGCAUAGUUUCUUUCUUGUGCUCUGAAGAUGCCAGUUACAUCAAUGGCGAGACAGUAGUGGUUGGAGGAGGAACCCCUUCUCGCCUCUGAGGACCAAGAGAGACUGCAGAGGUUAACUCCAACUGGUGGGGGUGGGGGUGAAAUCCACCUUGCCUCUGUCACCCUUCCUUGCCGCUGAUUAAUCUUUUUUUUCACCCCACAAAAUCAGCUCUACCCAAUAAUAAAUUCCUGGCUUCUCUGUGGUCAAAAUGUGA